AUGGCGGCGUCCUCACCUGCAGGACGCGUUUUGACUCUUUGCAAACAGUUUUACAAUUGUGUCAGAAUAUCUUCGUCGAUAGGUGUUCAGUCAUGCCCUGUGAACCUGAUUAAAUGUCAGAGCAAUAUUCUCAGGGAAAAGGCUUCGUUGCUGGCCCCACCUUGGAGCAGUCCCAUCAGCUUUGUGGGUCAGUAUCGAGCUGUCCACACAACCAUCAGCAGGAGGGGUCUGGAAGAAUUUUUUGACGCUCCUGAAAGCUGGGGAGAGUCCACUGUGAAGUCAGGUGCACCAUGGACUGCCAAACAACUGAGAACAAAGAGCAACGAGGACUUGCACAAACUCUGGUAUGUGCUACUGAAAGAAAAGAACAUGCUGCUCACUCUUGAGCAAGAAGCAAAAAGGCAAAGGGUUCAGAUGCCGAGUCCUGAAAGGCUAAAAAAGAUCGAUCGCUCAAUGAUCAGACUGCAGACGGUGGUGGAGGAAAGAGAGAUUGCCCUGCGCCUGUUGCAGACAGGACAGGAGAAAGGCAGACCUGGAGCCUGGAGGCAAAACGUAUUGGGAUACCACUACUGGUACCGCUUCAAAGAGUAUGCAAUUCCCUGGUACAUGAACAGAAGAUACAAGCGCAAGAAGUUCUACACGCCCUCAUUUGUCCAACCACAUAUAAGGCUGCGUAUAGAGAAGUACCUUCGGGCCAAGGCCAGAAAAGCAAACUUAAAGAAGGAAACAUUGGCAAAAUUAAAGGAGAAGUUUCCUCAAAUGAAGGUUCCUGCACCAUGAAAUCUUCAAGUUUUCUACAACCCAGCCUGAAUCAGCUCAUGUAAAUAGCUGAAAAUGGUCAUUUUGUGAUUUGUGAUUUUGUUCAACUGUUGAUUUUCUCUGCAAGAUAAAUUAUGUUGUCAACCUGAAAUAUGUUCCAUUUUCUAUUUUUUUUUUCCUGAGUAAUAAACAAAACAAUCCCCUAAGAAUUAAAAUAAACUAUCACUCAUUUGUAAUUGCAGAACUCAGGCGAACAAUUUAACAAAAAAAAAGAUUUUAUUUUUUUUAAAAGACCACAUGUAGCCAAUGGCAAGCAAAAGUGAAAAUUAAAUACAGAUUAAUUUUAGUUGACACAUGAGAAAGCACAGGCAAUUACUGUCUGGCAUCAGCCACAGACGAGUUUACCUGCCACACACAAAAGGCAUAAAAAUAAGACAAAUUUAAACAGCCAACUCAAUGAUCUUUCCAUCAAAACAGACACGUCGUACAAAGUUUGCCUCGUCAGUAGUCUGCUCGAAUCAAAAUGUUUUGGUCAUUUUGUAGUUUUUUUUUUUUUUUU